GACAAAAGCAACAAUGGAUGAUCCAUUAAUAAAUACCCUAACAGACAACUCAUUGCCUUUAUUUUCUUUAAGGUAUCAUGGUAGGUGGAUUGACAGUGUUUGGAAAUUGCGCUCUUACGCAGGCGCUUUCAAAGAAAACCCCAUCAACCCAUACAUUUUCUGAAAGCUUAAUAGUUAUAGAAUGCAAUCAUAACUUUGAAAUUUUCUAAAAAGUUAUUGUCACGGUAAUAUUAAAAGUGAUACUCAGAAAUACUACUUUGUUUAAACUGGUUUGCUUCCGCGAGUGAAUUUUCGGAGUGGUGCAAUUAACAUGGCAAAUGUUUUCUCACAUAUCACCCUCAAAAAGCGUGUCGGUGAUUUUCCAGAUGUGGUUUGGUUUUUUUUCUACACCCUCUUAAACUUAACAUUUUCAAUGCGGAGGUUUCUUUCUACUAAAGAGGCCAUAACUUUGAAACGAAGGCAAAAUUAAACAAAGCCUGACACCCUUUUUCGAGAAAGGUGUUGUGGAACAUACCUACCGAUUUUCAGCCAAUUCCGUCGGAAGACAUGCGUAAACGAACUAAAAAUGUUCAUCCUUAUAUGCAGUUUUAUUUUAUCGAGAAAAAGAUGAAAAACCUUGUGGUUGUGUUUUCACUAGGACAAUUUUAGCUCGAUAAAGUCAGAAAGUCUGAAAAUACAGUGAAAACACUUUGUCUGGUGUUUAGCGAGUUAACAAUGCCAACUGUUUUCACAAAGAAAAACAAAGGGUUUUCUUGCCUUUAUGACGGGAAACUCAUGCAGAGUUAUACUACCUCGCAAGAUGGUUUAACUUGUCCCGACAAAUACCGCAGCCAAUUGCAUCGCGUGUAGUGACAGAUGCCUGCCAAACAAUCUGGCAAAAUUAUUUUCCAGACGCUCGCCUUGUGGUUCUUUCGAAACAAAACCUUGUAUGCUUGUAAACAUGGCUGACAAAUUGCAAAACACUUCCCAAUUCUUUCGCCGUUUUACAAUUCCUCCGGACCUGUUGGAUGCUCAGAUCCCUCGUCCAGGGCCUCACCUGUUUCACAGCGUCAGCAUGCAGAAUCAAUUCCCACAUUACGGGCAAGCAGCAGUUCUUCUAUACCAAGUUCCUAUGCCACAUGUGUCACCCUCGACAAGCUCAGUCCCAAGCAGCAAAAGCGAAAACACAACAAACGAAGAAAAUCCACAGCCAAGAGCUAUGAACAGGAACCGUGGCUCUGACUGGACAGACAUGGAGACAAGGUAUUUACUUCAAUUGUGGAGGGACAAUUUCCCAAUCAGCAAGAAAAGAAACAGCACUGUGUGGGAUGCCAUCACAAAGAAGCUCAAUUCCAUUUUUAAAGACCAGGGAAUACCAAGCUACCGCACAGGUACGCAGUGUAAGGCGUGCAUUAAAUACCUUCAGGACGAGUACAAACGAGUAAAGGACCACAAUUCCCGAAGUGGCAACAACUGGGAAUCGUUCAAAUACUACGACAUGAUCGAUGAAGUUUUGGGAUCCAAGCCGAACAUCAUGCUGAAAGAAGUUGUCGAAUGUGGUUUGGCUGAAGACGCCAACGCAACUGCAGUUGGUGACUCUGAAGCUUCACCUGAAUCAAAUGUUCCAGCAGAUCAUGAAAGCAAUACAGACCUGGAACAGGAGUUCGAAAAGAACUUAAAAGGAAACCCAAAACGUUCCAAAAAAAGGAGCAAAGGAAAAGCGCCUGCCGUAAAGAAAGCGAAGGCUGCUUCGGCUGAGUCCAACAGCGAUCGUGUGGAAUUUUUACAAGAAAGUCAAAGUAAAGACCACGACCUUUUCAAGCGCCUCGCUGACAAGGAGGCAGAGAGAUCUUAAAAGUCAAAAACUUAUGUUUGACGCUAUAAAAGAAAUGGCACAAAUUUUUAAAGGAGAUAGUUAAAGAGAAAACGGCAGACUUUCAGACAUAAGUUUUUGUACAUCAAGUACAAAGAUUUUUAAUUUUUAUUAUCAUUACUGUUUAAGGUGGCCGAACACAGUUUUCGCGUGCGCUU